UCGAUCUUGCAACCAGUGCUUCCCCAGCUCCACCAACCAAUUCAGCCGUAAACGAUCCAAGACAGACAGACGCGGCGAGAAAUGGGCUCGUUGCCGGAGCAGCAGCAGGUCGUCUUCCGCUCGACGCUGCCGGACAUCGCCAUCCCGGACCACCUCCCGCUGCACGACUACGUCUUCGAGCGCCUGGCCGAGCGCCGCGACCGCGCCUGCCUCAUCGACGGCGCCACGGGCGAGACGCUCACGGUCGGCGACGUGCACCGCCUGUCCCGGCGCGUGGCGGCGGGGCUGUACUCCCUCGGCGUCCGCCACGGCAGCACGGUGAUGCUGCUCCUUCCCAACUGCGUCGAGUUCGCGCUGGCCUUCCUCGCCGCGUCCCGCCUCGGCGCGGCCACCACCACGGCGAACCCGCUCCACACCCCGCCCGAGAUCGCCAAGCAGGCCGCGGCGUCCCGCGCCACCCUCGUGGUGACCGAGCCGGCGUUCGUCGCCAAGGUGCGGGGCCUCGCGGGCGUCACCGUCGUCGCCACGGGCGACGGCGCCGAGGGCUGCGCCUCGUUCGCCGACCUCGCGGCCGCCGACGACUCGGCGCUGCCGGAGGCGCCCAUCGACGUGGCCAACGACGUGGUGGCGCUGCCCUACUCGUCGGGCACCACGGGGCUCCCCAAGGGCGUCAUGCUGUCGCACCGCGGGCUGGUCACCAGCGUCGCGCAGCUCGUCGACGGCGACAACCCCAACCUCCACCUCCGGGAGGACGACGUCGUCCUCUGCGUGCUCCCCAUGUUCCACGUCUACUCGCUGCACUCCAUCCUGCUCUGCGGGCUGCGCGCCGGCGCCGCCCUCGUCGUCAUGAAGCGCUUCGACACGGUCAAGAUGAUGGAGCUGGUGGAGCGCCACGGCAUCACCAUCGCGCCGCUCGUGCCGCCCAUCGUCGUCGAGAUGGCCAAGGGAGACGCGCUGGACCGCCACGACCUCUCCUCCGUGCGCAUGGUCAUCUCCGGCGCCGCGCCCAUGGGCAAGGAGCUGCAGGACAUCAUCCACGCCAAGCUCCCCAAUGCCGUGCUCGGACAGGGCUAUGGGAUGACAGAGGCAGGUCCGGUGCUGUCGAUGUGCAUGGCGUUCGCCAAGGAGCCGUCGCCGGUGAAGUCCGGCGCCUGCGGCACGGUGGUAAGGAACGCGGAGCUCAAGAUCGUCGACCCAGAGACCGGUCUGUGCCUCGGGCGCAACCAGCCCGGGGAGAUUUGCAUCAGGGGGAGGCAGAUCAUGAAAGGGUACCUCGACAACCCGGAGGCGACGGCGGAGACCGUGGACAAGGACGGGUGGCUGCACACCGGCGACGUCGGGUUCGUGGACGCCGACGACGAGAUCUUCAUCGUGGACCGGCUCAAGGAGCUCAUCAAGUACAAGGGCUUCCAGGUGGCGCCCGCGGAGCUCGAGGCCAUGCUCAUCGCCCACCCCGGCAUUGCCGACGCCGCCGUCGUCCCGAUGAAGGAUGAUGCCAGCGGCGAGGUCCCGGUGGCGUUCGUCGUGCCGUCGCCGGACGGCGCCGACAUGACCGAGGACGAGAUCAAGCAGUACGUGGCGAAGCAGGUGGUGUUCUACAAGAGGCUGCAGAAGGUCUUCUUCGUGAGCUCCAUCCCCAAGGCGCCGUCGGGGAAGAUUCUGAGAAAGGACCUCCGAGCGAAGCUGGCCGCCGGAUCGUGCUGAUGAUGCUUUAUUAUUUGUGUGCAAAAUAUAUAUACCCGGUUCGAGUUUUGUUCUCGUCAUAAUGCUAAUUAAAGUACCACGAAAAGAGUGUGAGCAAGGAUCGACCAGUCGCCAAUGUGCAUGGCAUACUGUGUUUCUGGAGUUCUGGAUAUACUCCAGAUAAUGUAUUCGCACUUGUAUAUCAGUGAACUGGAAGAAACAAUCUACUCCCUCCGUUCCAAAAUAGAGCACCAUUGCAGCGUCGUGG